AUGUCUUCGCCCAUUGCGAACGGUUCCCCCGUCGCGUCCCGCGACUCCCCCGCGCCCAGCGGCGGCAAGGAGUCGCCUUUCGUGGAGCGCAGCAACCCCAUGGGCUCCGGCAAUGCCCAGACUGUCAGCUCGCGGGACCCGAAGGCCGCUGCCCAGGCUGCCACCGACAUGAAGAACGUUGUCCGCCGCAAGCUCACCGGCUACGUCGGUUUCGCCAACCUGCCCAACCAGUGGCACCGCAAGAGUGUCCGUAAGGGAUUCAACUUCAAUGUCAUGGUUGUCGGUGAAUCUGGCCUCGGAAAGUCGACCCUCGUUAACACCCUGUUCAACACCUCUCUCUACCCCCCGAAGGAGCGCACCGGCCCCAAUGCCGACAUUAUCCCCAAGACCGUGUCGAUCCAGUCGACCAGCGCCGAUAUUGAGGAGAACGGUGUCCGCCUCCGCCUGAGCGUCAUUGAUACUCCUGGAUUCGGUGACUUCGUCAACAACGACGACUCGUGGCGCCCUAUUGUCGAGAACAUCGAGCAGCGCUUCGAUACUUACCUGGAGGCCGAGAACAAGGUCAACCGCAGCAACAUUGUCGACAACCGCAUCCACGCCUGCGUUUACUUCAUCCAGCCUACCGGCCACUCCCUGAAGCCCCUGGAUAUCGAGGUUAUGCGCCGCCUGCACACCAAGGUCAACCUGAUCCCGGUCAUCGCCAAGGCCGAUACCCUGACCGACGAGGAGGUUGCUCUGUUCAAGCAGAGAAUCCUUGCCGAUAUCCAGCACCACUCUAUUCAAAUCUUCGAGGGUCCCCGCUACGAGCUCGACGAUGAGGAGACCAUUGCUGAGAACCAGGAGAUCAUGUCCAAGGUGCCCUUCGCCGUGGUCGGUGCCAACUCGGAGGUCAGCGCCGCUGAUGGCCGUCGUGUCCGUGGCCGUAGCUACCCCUGGGGUGUCAUCGAGGUCGACAACGAGGAGCACUGCGACUUCGUCAAGCUGCGCCAGAUGCUGAUCCGCACCCACAUGGAGGAGCUCAAGGAGCACACCAACAACUUCCUGUACGAGAACUACCGCUCGGACAAGCUCACCCAGAUGGGUGUCGCCCAGGACCCGAGCGUGUUCAAGGAGGUCAACCCGGCCGUCAAGCAGGAGGAGGAGCGUGCCCUGCACGAACAGAAACUGUCCAAGAUGGAGGCCGAGAUGAAGAUGGUCUUCCAGCAAAAGGUUUCCGAGAAAGAAAGCAAGCUCAAGCAGAGCGAAGACGAACUCUAUGCGCGACACCGCGAGAUGAAGGACCAGUUAGACCGGCAGCGGCAGGAACUAGAGGAAAAGAAAUCCCGCCUGGAGACUGGACGCCCCAUCGAAGAAAAGGGCAAGCGCAAGGGCUUCUCGCUCCGCUAA